GACAUGUUCCAUUUUUUCGUGCAAGAACUUGCAUGAGAUUUUUAUAGCGUGGAGACACCGCUUAAGGAAUGCACGGAAUGCACCCACUCAGCUUUUAGACGGUGUGGUAACCCUGUGUUGGAUUCAUUUGAUGAUGUUUUCAGCAAAAAAACGUCUUCUUGAAAAAACAGGUUUCACCGAUGUUGGAAGAUACGAUUAUCUAAAAUUAUUAAUCACUGAAUUCUCAACUGCAAAGUCUAAAGAAGCAAAAAGGCAGACGUUGGCAAACCUUGCAAAUUUUGCAUAUGAUCCAAUUAAUUAUGACUAUCUCCGACAAUUGCGAGUAAUUGAUUUGUUUUUGCACGUUCUUUCCGAUCCAGAAGUUGAUUUUGUUCAAUUUGCCAUUGGCGGACUAUGUAAUUUGUCUUCAGAUCCAAUAAACAGAGAAUACAUCAUUCGGAAUCAAGGAGUUGAACUGAUAUCAGGAUUGUUAGCAUCAUCAGACGAAGAAACUCUUCUUUCUACCAUCACAACCCUUAUGUCCCUGACAACAAAGUCAUCAAGUCGAGUACUUAUCACUCCAGACUUACUCAACCAAUUGACUAAGUUUUCGAAGUUAACCAACAACCGUUUGAAAAACCUUGCUUCAGUUUUUUUGUCAGAUUUUUGUGACACUAACAAUUAAAAACAUCGAACAAAAUUGUUAAACCUCAAUCAAUUAAAGAAUAUUGUGAUUUCGAGGUACGUAAAUUCAAAUCCACCAAAGCUAAUAAAACUCGAAAAAGGUUCUCAGAUUACGGUAACAAGACAAGUUACUGAAAACGACGUGACGAGAUUUGCAAAAUUAACUGAUGAUUUCAAUCCAAUUCAUGUAAAAAGUGACUGUAAAAUAGUACAUGGUGCUUUGUUAAAUGGAUUUUUGUCUGGAGUAUUAGGUACAAAAUUGCCGGGACCUGGAAUAAUUGUUGUUCAUCAAGAUCUUCAUUAUCCGCAGUCUUGUUAUCCGGGUGAUAUUUUAACAAUAUCUAUUAAAAUAAUAGAAACGAGGAAAAUUAUAACAUGUCAGUACGAAAUUAUUGCCAACUCUGAAAGAAUCGUUCUUCAAGGAACAGGACGGUUUGUGAUGUCGAAGCAAAAUUUAUAACAAACAAUACAAUUU